UCGCAGUUUUCAAAAUUUCCCGAAAAAUGUGUACGUCCGGCUGCUGCUCACCCGUUUGGGAACCAUCGGAGGAUUUGAGCAACUUGUUCACCGAGAAAAUAUGGACCAAGUAUCGUGGUCACGGAAGGCAUCAUCACCGUUAUGGCGGAGAAUAUCAAAUAAAUUGUGUUCACGACCAUGUCAAGAAGUCUUUCCUGGAUAAUAAGAAAGAACGGAUCCGGCUUAUAUCAUCGAUCAGGCCAAAUUCCAAGUAUCAUCCAGACGAAUUGCAUAUUUUGUACACCACCCCGCAGAUAAGUGCUGAUGAAGACAGGAACAAAGAUGGUACCCACCGGAUCCUGGGGCGGAUCAUCCGAUUACGAGUCCUGGAUCUGUUCUCAAGACGUCUGGAGAAGAAAUUCAGGGAUGGGCUUUCGGAAUCUGCUCCAGGGCGGUCGAAAUUUGGCUUCAUUAAAGCUGUUCCGGAAAUGUUGUCUUCCGGUUCAGAGACCAUCAACUGA